AUGGCUCCCUCACGGAAACGAGGCGCUGACUCGAUUGAGGACUCGGAAGUCUCGGUGAACUCGCCUCCUGCUGGCAAGAAGUCCAAAAGUGCAGCGGCAGCAGCGCAGCCAGCAGGCAAAGACGACGAUGGCCAUCCUUAUUGGGAUCUUUCGGGCAAACGCCGCGUGGGCGUCUCUGAAUUCAAGAACACUAAUUUUGUUAAUAUUCGCGAGUACUACGAGAAAGAUGGCAAGCAUCUGCCCGGCAAAAAGGGCAUCUCUCUGUCCGUCGAGCAGUACACAGCGCUUCUGAAAGCGAUACCUGGUAUCAAUGCGGCUCUGCGCGAGCGCGGGCACACGAUCAAGGAGGACGCUGAGAUGGACGAUGCGCCGGUCGUAGCGGCUCCCGCCAAAACAAAGUCCGCUAAAGACAAGGCGAACAUUGAUGCCACGAGUGAUGAGGAUAGUAGCUGA